AUGGAGAUUCUCAAGAGCUAUCUGCACACGCGGUCCGUCUACGAGGUCCACCUGAGCUCGUUUGACCUGUUUGUGUCGGAGGGUCUGCGGAACGUCAUUGAGACCGAGACCCGCAACGUCAUUCGCGCCGACAACAAGAACUGCGACUUUGCAUUUACGAACAUUGUCGUCGAGCGCCCGACCAUUGUCGACGACAACCGCAAGAUCCACUACCUGACACCCCGCGAGGCCAAGAUGCGCGACAUCUCCUAUGACGGCACCGUGUACGUGGACAUACGCAUACAGACCAGUCGCGACAACGUCGGCCAGGUCUGCCGCUACCCGUUCAUGAAACUGCCCAUCAUGGUCGGCUCCAAGCUGUGCAACACGCGCUACGCCACGCUGCCCACCGUGUCCGAGACCGACCUCAAGGGCUACUUUAUCAUCCGGGGCAAGGAGCGCGUGCUCGUGUCGCAGGAGCGCAUGGCCUACAACGUCCCUCUGUGCCUGCUCAAGCACGGCGCGGUGACCGUGGAGAUGCGCAGCAUGUCCAGUGCUACGUCGCACAGCGCCCUUAACAAGAUGCUGCUGUGCGUCAAGGACUUUAGCCUCAGUGCGACCUACGUUGUCCCGUGUGUCAACCAGACCAUUGACAUGUACCAGCUCCUGGGCAUGCUGGACAUUGGCGUCGACGAGUUCUGGGCCCACGUUGAUCGGCCCGUGGACCAGAAGAACCGCGUGCUGCUGGAGCGCUUCGUCCGCGGGUACACGCUGCACCUCGAGGCCGGCGCGCCGCACCCGACCUGCACCAAGGGCGCAAGGACCAACAUUGAGAUCAAGCGCGUGGUCGAGGAGGAGCUGUUCCCGCACCUCGGGCAGUACAUCAAGCGGGGCGACUGCGUGAUCGCGGUGCUGGACAUGUUCAACCGCGGGUUCAAGACCCUGAUCGGCGCGCGGCCGCCCGACUCCCGGGAUCAUUAUGCGAACAAACGAAUAGAAGUUUCGGGCACGCUGCUCAAGAGCCUGUUCAAGAUCUCGUUCAAGCGCUUCGCGCGCAACAUUGCGACCUCCAGCAACGCAAACAUCUCGCUCGCCAACAUCCUUAGUCGGUACAACAACCUGACCAAGUGCAUCCAGUACAGCUUCAGCACCGGCAACUGGUGCGCGAUCCGCUCGACGUACGUGCGGGCGGGCGUCUCGCAGAUCUUGGGUCGCAUAAGCUACACGAGCGCCCUGAGCUACAUGAAGCGCGUCGUGCAGCCGUGCAGCAAGGAGCUCAAGAACUCGGACGUGCGCAGCGUGCACUUCUCGGGAAACUUUUUCAUUGACCACUGCGAGACGCCCGAGGGCGCCACCGUCGGCCUCGUCAAGAACUUUGCGCUGACCACCGAGGUGACGGAGGAGCAGAACUUUACGCACGUCCUGAUGACGCUGCGGCGGCUGGUGGACGGCCUCGGCACCGAGCGCACCGCCCCGGGCGCGAUAGAGGCCGGGACCACCGUCGUGACGCUCAACAACCGGCCCGUGUUUGCGCUCGACGACUCCCCGGACGCCUUCCUGGCGGUCUUUCGCGAUUGGCGCACCCGCAAGCUCGUCCACCCACACACGUCCGUGCACAUGGACGGCCGACGGACCAUCAGCGUCCUGUGCGACGAGGGGCGCAUGAUCCGCCCGCUGGUUGACAUUGGCGCCCGCCAGCGGCUCAAGGACAUUAUGGACCGGGACAGGCCCAGAGUGGUCUGGGAAAAAACCGACGACCUGUUUGACGAGCUCGUGGCCGAGGGCGUCAUCGUGUACCGGACCGUGUGUGAACUCGAGAACGAGGUCGUCGCCAUGGUGGCGAACGAUAUCACCGAUGCGACGCGGUACAUGGAGAUACACCCCGCCGCGUUGCUCGGGGUCAUGAGCUCAAUUGUGCCGUUCGUGGAGACCAACCAGUCGCCGCGCGUCACCUACUACUCCAACAUGGGCAAGCAGGCCAUCUCGUGGCUGUACGACAGCCUCGAGGACGCGUGCGAGACCACCACGCACUACCUGGUCAAUGGCCAGGUCCCCAUCGUGGACAGCGACGUUUCCAGUGCGUUGUACCUGGACCGCAUGGUCUCGGGCAACAACGCGAUGGUAGCGGUGGCACCGUACAUGGGGUUCAACCAGGAGGAUGCCAUCAUCAUCUCCAAGUCCGCUAUUGACAAGGGGAUGUUCUACGCAUACACGAUGCGCACAAUUGCAGCUGACGACAUCUCGCUCGCCCAGGAGAAGAGCGUGACCAUCGGGGUGCCCCCAGAGACCUACCGCAAGAAGCACCUGGACUUUAGCGCGCUGGACCCGGACACGGGCAUAGUGCGGAUCGGGACCAGGCUGCAGGUCGACACGGUGCUCGUGGGCCGCUACGCGCGGGUCGGGGAUGUGAUCACAGACAAGUCGGUGGCCUUCACGACCAAGGACCGGUUCCCCGUCGUGCACGACACGAUCACGUUCAAGACGCGCAAGGGCAACAGCUGUGUCAAGGUUAUCAUCCGUGAGCUGCGCGUUCCGGAGGUCGGCGAUAAGUUCUGCUCGCGAUCGGCGCAGAAGAGCACCAUCGGGCUGAUUGUGUCGCACGAGGACAUGCCCUUUACGGCGGACGGUGUGAUCCCCGACCUCAUCCUCAACCCGUGCGCGCUGCCGUCGCGCAUGACGCUGAGCCAGAUCCUCGAGGGCGCGCACAGCAUUGCGGCGCUGACAGCGGGGAUCAGCCGCGUGAACAAGACGGCCUGGAACGGGACCGAGAACUAUGUGGAGAGUGCAAAGGAGGAGCUGGUGGCCGCCGGGUACAGUUCCGAGGGGACGUGCAUCAUGUACGACGGGACGACGGGGCAGAAGAUUGAGACCCCGAUAUUCAUGGCGCCGACCUUCUACCACCGACUCAAGCACCUGGUGGCGGACAAGAUCUACAGCCGGUCGGUGGGGUCGGUCAAGGCCAUUACGCGCCAGCCGCUGAGCGGGCGGUCGAGCAACGGCGCGCUCCGCUUGGGGGAAAUGGAACUGAGUUGCUUGUCAGCGCACGGGGCGUCGUCAAUGCUAGUGGACAAGGCGCUCGAGUGCAGCGACAAGUACUCGAUGGUGAUCUGCUCAGUGUGCGGCAACAUAGUCAACUCGCAACGGGACAGCUGUGCGAUUUGCGAUACCUCGCAGACAGUCCGGAUAGUCAUCCCGUACGUGUUCAAGCUGCUGAUGCACAACCUGGCGGCGCUGGGUGUGACCACGAAGAUUUUCCCGAAGAUCCGGGCGUGA